GACUCAUUUUGCCAAAGAAAGCACAGCAGCUGCAGAAGCCUAUUUUACAGAAGCCAUCAGUGUUUGACAGUGACUCCGAUGAAGAGACCUCCGUGAGUGACAGCCUUCAGAGAGAAGCCUCCAAGAAGCAAGUGAUGAAACAGGAGGCUUUGCAAUGUCUUGGGGCUUGAUGAAAUCAAGAUAAUGUCUUCUACAAAGAUGAUCAUCUGGAGGACUCACAAGGAAUCCCUCUUCAACCCAGUUUCUGCCCUGUAUCUACUCUAUCCCUGUGGCAAAUAUUUCUGACCAAACUUGAAAUCCAGAAGGCACUAGCAGAAGAUGCCACCGUGUAUGAAUAUGACAGUAUUUAUGAUGAAAUGCAGAAGAAGAAGGAGGAAAAUAAUCCUAAAUUAGUUUCCGUGAAAGACAGAAAGCCCAAGUACAUUCACAGCCUACUAAAAGCAGUUGAGAUAAGAAAAAAGGAGCAAGAGAAAAGAAUGGAAAAGAAAAUUCAGAGAGAACGAGAAAUGGAAAAGGGAGAAUUUGAUGAUAAAGAGGCAUUUGUCACAUCUGCUUACAAGAAGAAGCUCCAGGAGAGAGCCGAGGAGGCUGAGCGAGAGAGGAGAGCCGCUGCUUUGGAGGCUCGUCUGGAUGUGACCAAGCAGAAAGAUCUCAGUGGAUUUUAUAGGCACCUUUUAAAUCAAGCAGUUGGAGAAGAGGAAGCACCUCAGUGCAGCCUUCGGGAAGCCAGCUCUAGGAUAAAGGAGGAGAAGCCACGGGGCUAUUCCGAUGAACUAAAUACGGACAGCAGAGUCCCAGAUGAUAGAGACAUACCCAAAACCAGAGUGAAAGAAGAGGAAAACCCUGAUGCAGACAGCGACCUUGAUGUGGGCAGCAGUGAAGAAGAUGACAGAAUGGAGGACAAGAGUCAUUCUAGCUGUAGGAGGGACAGGAGCCAUGGCCACUCCAGCUCCUCAGGGGAGGACAGAGGACACUAUGUCAAGAACCACAGCAAGACCUCCAGGACAGGAGACAGCGACACAGCAAUGAGAGACAGAGGUGACCAGCAUCAGGACCGUGGCUAUGAAAGCCAGGUCAGGAAGCAGGACAGACGUCCCACUGACAGUAGUCGCCAGAAGGACAAAACAGAUCGGCACAGGUUCAGGGAGCAUAGCAGUAAAGACAACAUCCGGAAGAGGCAUGAACAGGAAGACAGAGAGAGAGGAAAAGAGAGAAGAGAAAGGAGGACUGAUGACCGAGAGCGGAGGCGGGAAGAGGACUGGGAGAAGCAGUCCUCCAGGGACCGAGAAAGAUCCAGGCAGAGAAAUAGUGAAGACCAGCGUGAUGAGGCGGAGAGGGAGACCAGAGAGGGAGGCAGAGGCCAUGCUGAGGGAAAGAAAGACAGGCACGAGAAAUGCAGAGACAGGGAGCUGAGCAUCAGACCUGCAGAGAAGGCUCAGGAGAGGGAUGGGGGAGGCUCAGGUUCUGGGACACAGGACAGGCUGCAUGGGGAGGAGGGCUCUAGCAAGGUAGGAGAUGCAGAGAGGGCCUCCAGCCCCAACAGAACGCAGGGCUUAAAGCACCAGCAAGAGGAGGGAGCAGAGGAGAAGCCAGCUGAGACACUGAGCAAGUUUGCAAAGCGCAGCAACGAAGAGACUGUGAUGUCAGCAAGAGACCGGUACCUGGCCCGGCAGAUGGCUCGAUGUGGUGCCAAAACCUACAUUGAGAAAGAAGAGGACUGAGGGUCACCCAGCAACGUAUGGGGAAAAAAAGGCAAUGGCUGAACUGGCUGGAGGGGGGGAGGAGAUAAUUUUUUUUUUUUUUACAUUUGUUGGGUGGGGGGAGGUUACAGCAGCUUAUGUGUUU